UCUGAUGUUUAAACAUAUGAUUAUGUUUGCGUUUGUGUAGUCAAUAUUUUAUAACUAACCUUAAUCCUGACUGAGUUGCUAUUUACUAAAACAUUUAUUAGAUUGAUACGUUAUUAUUGUAUUAAAGUUAUAGUUUGUGUGAUUUGAAUGUAUGUUCAUAUUGUUGUGCAUGUAUAAAUAACUGAUAAGUUGUAAAAGAAGAAACUUUUAGGGUUGAGUAGCCUACAAUGGCUGAAGAGGUAUCUGAUGAUGGUUUGACAGACUCUCCAAAGAAAGGUCCUACAUUGUCAACAAGCACGAGUAGUUUCGAAGCUCUGGACCCACAUGAUCCAAACCUCAGUCGCCUUGCUACCACAAUGUUCCAGAAAACAGCUGACUACUUGCUUGGUGAAAUGACCGUUACACAUGAGGAUUAUAAACUUCUUGAAGCAAUGAACCAAGCAACAGUCACAAAGUAUUCGGAUAUGAGACAAAUAGCUGGCAACAUCAGUCGUACCAUGGGAGAGCUCAAUGAGAAAUACAAAUCCCUGCAGCCGUACCUGGACCAAAUAGACCAGUUAGAGGAUAGUGUGACAAAGUUGGAGCAGGCAGCAUUCAAGUUGGACGCUUACUCUAAGCGGAUUGAAGCAAAAUUCAAGGCCCUGGAAAAGAGAUAGUUGUAACUUCCAUUGUCUAUACUGACUGUAACUUUGUUUUGUACAGUGAUUACACUUAAUAUGUGCUUUGCAAUGGAACAUUAUUCGUUUGUAAAAUUUGUAAAUAAUACGUAAUGGUACUCGUCAAAUAUUGUGCUUUCACAUCAUGUUCUUUAAGUACUGUAUUGUACCGCAUUCUAUGAGUCACAGUUUUCAAUCCAAGUACCCAAAAUUAAGAACCAUUUUUUAUCAGGAUACAAAUAAUCAAGAAUGUAUAAAUAACUAGAACAUUGGAAUUAAAACUCUAAAAUGUCAAAGAAUUGCUGGAUUGCAUAUAAUAAGUAUACUUUAUUGCAAAUGUGUUAACGUUUUAUAUUAUAAACGACAAUGUGGAAUACGCAAUUAUACCCAAUCAGUCACAAUAUUUUGAACACGUCAGGACAGCAUACAUAGGCUGUAAUCUCUGUUCUUGAAUUUAAAGUUAUAUACCGAUGUUGGAGAUUACACGUUAUUGUUCCACGCUAUCGUUCUUUUGUUCCACUAAUGUGUGUAACUUUUCACACAAUUGUUUUAUUUGUUUUGUGAACAUUGUGUGGUUGUCAGAUGUUUGUAAUAGGCAUUCUUAGGAACUAAGAACCAACACUGUGUUAACAAAAGACAUACUUGUUUGUUCUCUGUACUUGUACUACUUCAAAAUAGCAAAGUACACUUGUGUUCACACUAUUGUUGUGUCUUUUGUAAGUGAAAAAUAGUUAAUUAAAAUUGUUAGCAACCAUAUUAGCAAAAGCUUUAUUGAGUGGUAAAUAUUUAUAUUAUUAGUUCAUUACAAAUCUAUGAAGGAAAGUGCUAUAAAACAUUAUAUUGUAUUUUUUUACAAAAA